ACGCAAACGGGAGUCUCAAGAAAUGCAACUACUUCAGCGACAUCCCCUUUCACAGCCUGGCGACUGAGACAUAAAUAGCCCCUCCAUCCCCUGCUCUGAGACUCUCAUCAGCAUCAGCAACGCAAUCAAUCAAUCAACUCAGCAACACAACUUCACUCUUCUCAAGCAUCUCCAAGUGCAAACCACCACUCGCCACCAUGAGAUACACUGCCAUCGCCCUCGCCCUCGCCUCCGUGGCCCUCGCGCAGCCCUCCGCCCGCACCGCCCGCAGCGGUCCUCUCUUCCCUGCCCCGGCCGGCAUGACCGUCUCCCAGGGCCAGGACACGUGCGGUGACAACGCCUCCCUGUCCUGCUGCAACAAGGCCACCUACGCCGGCGACACCACCGACUACGACAGUGGUGUCCUGUCCGGCCUGUUGAGCAACCUGCUUGGCUCUGGCUCUGGCUCCCAGGGUAUUGGCUUGGCCGACCAGUGCUCCAAGGUUGACGUUCAAGCUCUGAGCCUCGUCGGUCUGAACGACCUGCUCAACACCCAGUGUGAGCAGAACGUGGCUUGUUGCCAGCACAGUGAUUCCAGCGCGGAUGGCUCCGUCGUCGGCCUGGCUCUGCCUUGCAUUGCUCUCGGCUCGCUUCUGUAAGCGUCCGCGCCUGGAUAGCAGACUCUAAUGGUUAGAAGAUAGACUAGAUCGAUCCUAUAGGACUUAAUAAAACUAGAGUUUGCUAGA